CUCAACGCCUAUCCUUGUGCCUCCGGCCGUCAAGAUGUUUCGCUGUGAUUGCCAUGAGAGAGCUUGCUCUCCGGGAACAAACUAGAGGACACAAAUAGGACACACAGAUGCUGGCUGCUGCCCAGUCGCCGCCUCCUUCUCCUCAGCGCAGCUUCAGUCCCGCCCACCGCCACCUGGCUCUGCUGCGCACCGCCGACUGGAGGCAGAGUGUCGCUACUCCUCUUCCCCACGCCAACGGAGAAGCAGAAAACAAGGAUCCCCUUGACCGAGGGUAUGUGUGCAUGAUAUUUUCCUCGCAUCCUAAAUUUUACAAUCAAGACCGACUCGACGUUUAAAGGAUUUUGGCGGAAAGUGCGAAAGGAAGGUGGAAAAUCAGACGGGUGCCCUGCGCACUACUGCAUCCUCCCUCUCCAUCUCUGUCUCAUCUCUCCUCCUGCUCUGCCUCUGCGCUUUUUACAAGACUCCCGGCUUCUGCUAUCCUGAAUAUCCCCAGUGACUGAUCACUUAUUGCAGAGCCGUGAGCCGCCCCUUCUUCUUUUGUCGGAGUUUGAACCACAUUUCUGAGCUGCUGGAAGUACACCGCCAGAGCGCCUGAGAGCUGGCCGGACUCUGUAGGUUUCGUCUUCCCGACACAAGCGGAUCAUCGAGGAGGGGACCUUGCGCGGAGUCAAAAAGGACUGGAAAUUAUUUAGCCCUCUCACAUCAACGUACCGCAUGGUGGGAAUUUCUGCCUCUUUUCAGUAUCGCACUGGGAAGCGCUCCACCAUGCCCGACUCACCUGCGGACGUCAAGACACAGUCCAGGUUGACCCCCCCUACCAUGCCACCCCCACCCAGCACACAAGGAGCACCCCGUAACAGCUCCUACACCCCCACCACAUUAACCAAUGGCAGCAGCCACUCUCCAACAGCGCUUAACGGCGCUCCAUCUCCCCCAAACGGCUACAGCAACGGUCCCAGCUCCUCCUCCUCCUCCUCGCUGGCCAACCAGCAGCUGCCCCCGGCCUGCGGCGCCCGACAGCUCAGCAAGCUCAAGCGCUUCCUCACAACUCUACAGCAGUUUGGCAACGACAUCUCACCUGAAAUCGGCGAGCGGGUCCGCACAUUAGUGCUCGGACUAGUGAAUUCCACGUUAACCAUCGAAGAAUUUCACUCCAAGCUCCAAGAAGCCACCAACUUCCCUCUGCGACCUUUCGUCAUACCCUUUCUGAAGGCCAACCUGCCACUGCUUCAGAGGGAGCUGCUGCACUGUGCCAGGCUGGCCAAGCAGAACCCGGCUCAGUACCUGGCCCAGCACGAGCAGCUGCUCCUGGACACCAGCACCACCUCCCCAGUGGACUCGUCCGAACUCCUGCUGGACGUCAACGAGAACGGCAAGAGAAGGACGCCAGACAGAACCAAAGAGAACGGCUUCGAUCGAGAUGGCACCCUGCACCCAGAUGUUCACCCUAGCAAGCGGCCCUGCACCAUAAGCCCCGCCCAGCGCUUCAGCCCAUCCAAUGGGCUCUCCUACCAACCCAACGGCCUGCCACACCCGGGCCCACUCCCUCCACAGCACUACAGGCUCGACGACAUGGCCAUCGCUCAUCACUACCGAGACACCUACAGACACCCAGCCUCCAAUCAUCGGGAGAUCCGGGAGAGAGCCAGGCCCAUUGGUAUGCAUACAGGGACCAGACAGGAGGAAGUGAUUGAUCACAGGCUGACCGACAGAGAGUGGGCUGAGGAAUGGAAGCACCUUGACCAUGUAAGAAAACUGCUGAACUGUAUCAUGGACAUGGUGGAGAAAACGAGGCGCUCGCUGACAGUACUGCGGCGGUGCCAGGAGGCUGACCGCGAGGAGCUCAACUACUGGAUCCGACGAUACAGUGACGCUGAGGAGCUGAAGAAGGGCGGCGCUAGUGGGCAGUCAAGGCAGCAGAGCCCCGCAGCACAGGAAAAUGCAACACCAGAAAUUCACAGGGAGCUUCUGCACCGGCCUGUGUCUGGCUACGUCCCUGAAGAGAUCUGGAAGAAAGCUGGUACGGGAGGCUUGACUUCCUCUGUGUCCACACUCUUUCCAGAAGAGGCCGUGAAUGAGGUGAAGCGACAGGCUAUGUCGGAGCUGCAGAAGGCCGUGUCAGAGGCCGAGCGUAAGGCUCACGAGAUGAUCAGCAGCGAGCGGGCCAAAAUGGAGCGCACGGUAGCCGAGGCUAAGCGGCAGGCAGCCGAGGACGCGCUCUCCAUCAUCAAUCAACAGGAGGACUCCAGCGAGAGCUGCUGGAACUGUGGCCGCAAAGCCAGUGAGACGUGCAGCGGCUGCAACACGGCGCGCUACUGCGGCUCCUUCUGCCAGCAUAAGGACUGGGAGAAGCACCACCAUGUCUGUGGUCAGACCCUGCAGGCCCAGCAGCAGCAGCAGCAGGCUAGCCAGCAGCAGGGCGGCGUCCCGGGGUCAGAGACCCCUGCUCCCAUCAGCUCCUCUGCCUGCACCCCGAGCAGCGGGACUGGGAGUCCGGCUGCUACCCCACCUGCUGCUACCCCUCGCUCCUCCACCCCGAGCACCCCUUCCUCCUCUGCCCUGGACGGCACACCGCGUUAAGAGACUCACACACGGAGGAUGGAGGCAAAGGCCCCCGGGGGCUAAACAGUCAGCCCUCAACCCCACAAACAGCAUGACUGUGUGCAUUGCCUUGCAAAGAUACUAAGCUUACAUGGCUAACAGGAAGAGAUGGCAAUGCUUCUGUCUAUCUUGCAGCGUAGUCAUAGAAAGAGGAGGAGGAGGAGGUCCAUAAUCAGGUCAUAUUGACUUGCCAUGACUUUAAAGAAACACAAAGAUAUUCUUUGUUUUGAAUGAAUGAAUUUAAAUAUUGACAUCCUUUUAUCGUUACACUUGCUAUUCUUGUUGUCCGUUUGUCGUCGUGCCCGUUGUUGUUAAUGUUGUUGUCAUUGUAGCUUAUUUUUUUUCCCUGUAAAUAUUAAGAGACUGAGCAGAGAUAGCCGUGAACUCGAGACAAGUAUAUCUGACCACCCCACCCCCUCUUUUUUUUCCAGUGUUUUUAUUUCCCAUCCUUGAAUUAUUUCCUUCCUGUACCUGGAACAUGAGACUAGUCAACCUCAUUUUACCAAACAGCAUACCAAGGGAACACAGCGAGCUAGCAGAACGGGUGAAGUCAUCAAUACUUUUUGUAAAGAACGAUAUCAGAUUUAAACACCCCUGAAAGACAAACCGACGGAUGGAUGGAUAAACAAGUUUGCUGCCUGGAGAGAGGAGAGGGAUGGACUGAAUCUCUGGCCCACAGACAGCCAUGAAAUGGGCAGAUGUGCAGCAGAUUGCGAGCAGAGCCAGCUGUUCAACCAAUGUUAUUUCCCUCUCACUUGUAAUAAUAUCCAGGUCAGUGGGCUGGGAAAUACAAAUCCGUCUCCCUGAAGGAUGUAAAAGGAAGAAUUCUUGGACAAGAUACAAAACUUUGCCCACUGCACAUGUGGAGGAUGUACUGACUACAAUUCGCACGUGCAUGCUCGGUGAGUCGCAGAAGCUCUCAAACAGGAAGUGAAGUCAUCGACCCGCCGGCAAUAAUGUCAAAUUAAAGCAGCCGUCGGGCUCGGAGCUGGAAACCUACAUGUGGAGAACUCAUUCUGCGCCUCAGAAGCUCCCCUCCUGUCUGAAAAACAUUUUCAUCUUUCUUCAUGUUCUUAUUCUUUUUCCGUAGAUGUCAUGGUGUUAAAGACUUCUGUCCUGUGGUGUCACCGAUGGUUAUUUAUUGUAUAUGUGUUGGACAAUUGUGACAAUGCAUAGUACUUCAACCAGUCACAACUCCCUCAUAACUCUCUCUAGAAAAACGAGAUAAAAAAAGAAGUGUUAUCUUUUUUCCAAGCUGCUUUUCUAUUCUGUGUGUAAGUGGUAGAUCCCUCGUAGUUCUAUAAGUUUUACUUCCCUUCGUCCUCAAGAAAAGACACAAGCUAUAUCUCAGAGCUGCUACUUGAGUCCGACCCAGAUCUUUUCUGAGAACUAGCAUGUUGCGCGGAAUGCUAACCUAAAUGUUUUGUACAAGGGACAUACAUAAAUGUAUUUGCACUGUCACAGAGGUUAUUUCGGCAUGCUUCUUUUCAGCAUACUUGUGUUGUCGGUAUAGAGCCAUAACUCAUCAACCAUUUUGUAUGUAGUGAUAGCAUUAUAUGUUCUCACAUUUUGGGGGAUUUGGGGGGAAAACUGUAAAAUCACCAGUUUUUUUUUCUUGUCAACAUGAUAAGAAAAGCGGCCAUAUUUUUUUUUUUUUUUUUUGAAUAGUUACAGACAGUGCAUGCACAUUACUGAACGUUUGUUAAAUAUUUGUUAUUUUUUAGAAAAAAGAAAAAAACGACCAAAAAAAUGACAAAAAAAUACAAAAAAAAUAUUCUAACAAACUAACUUUCCAAAUGCAGAGGUGUAGACUCCGAUUGACAGCUUUAACACUGCAAAAGCACCAGGUAACACACAGUAUUAACACAAGAGAUAAACAAAAAAAACACCAAAAACAGCCAAAGACUGACACCAAGGACCAAAAUCCUGAUUUAAACGAUUUUUCAAAAGAGGUUUGUUCACAUGUAUAUUUGGUUAUUUAUUUCUGCAGGUUUCGUUUACACACAUUCACGGAACAACGUCAGUGUCAGAACAGUUAAUUAUUUUCAUCCUCUUCUGGAAACCGACGGCACUCAUCUUACAUUGUGAAAUGAGAAGGUGUGACUUAAACAUAAAGAACGUUUUCACAGCAGUGUUACAUUUUACUUGGAGCAAUAAUAACUAAUGAACACUGAUGAUUUCUGUGACCAUUUUUGAAGAAAAAAAAAAAGUGAUAUAUUUUGAUCUUGUACAUUUUCUCAUUGCACAAGUGUCAGAUUAAGUGUCCAUUUCAGCUUUAAGCAGUUUAGUUCUUUUUUUCUCAAAGAGGUGAAUGUGAGACUGGGCUUUCACACCAAUGCCAUUUGCAGUUGUUUUUGUGUUUAUUUAUAUCAAAGUACAUUCUUGUUUUUUUUUUGCUGUUGGGAUAGCUAAUCAAUCGCAGCUUUGUUGUAAACCUUCAAUGUAAAUCAAACAAACCUCUCCUUCGCAGUAAGAGAGCACUUAUCCUGACGCACACAAAGGCUCUUCACCCCAAACACCUUGGUGCUACACAGAAGCGCGUUACAAAUUCUGACCUCAAGGAACAAGUGGAGGCCCAUAAAGGUUCUGGGCUGUUUGCUCCCUCUGUACUUCCUCAUCUCUCCCUUACUUGUCUAACUAAAAUACACACCUGCGUUCUUGACUCUAAAGGGUUAAACAAUCCAAAAAGGUGUCUGACACCCUACUAGCGACUCCUCAGAAGCUGUGAAGAAACAGCCAAGCUGUUUUAACACUAGUGUAUUUGAAAGUAUACAACAAAUAAUGUGUGUGUUCAUCACUAUCAGGGCAAAACCUGGGUUUAAAAAAAAAAAAAAAAAAAAAGACAAACAUUAUCGAUGAUUCUUUGAGAAGCUCUAUUUUUUUCUUUCUUCCCUCCUCUAUGUGUGUUUUGCUACAAAUUCCUCGGUGGCAAACAAGUCUCACUCUACCUCUUACAGCACGAUAAGAGCAUCAGUCACGGCGCUGAUACUGGUCUAGUCUAAACCAAAUGGGCACAAGAGAACAGGAAAAUAAAAAACCCAAAGUUGAAGCUCAUACAGCUGCAAAACCAUAUCACUACUUGGUAACAAUGCAGACCUCAUAAAUAAAUGAAACAUAAAUGAAUAGAAAUGAGAAAAAAAAACCUGAAAAAAAAACAACUUUUGUUAUGUUCCUUUAUGCCUGUGGCGUUUUUAGAGUACAUCAAGAGUUUGAAUUCUUUGAACAGAUUUAAAAAAGAAAAAAUUGUGCUAAUUUUAAAGAAAAGUGUUGUCGAAUCUUGUUUCAAUGACACAAGCUAGGGUCACAGAUAAGAAAUGUUGUUUCUCUCUCGCUCUUUUUUCUCUCCUGUCCCCCCCCCCCACCUUUUUCUCCUCUUCUCUUCUUUGUUGUGAAGACACGCUAAAGCGUUUGUCGACUUGUCAUUGCGAUGAAUUCAAAAGAGGGGAUACACAAAAGGCAAGAGCUUGUAAAAAACUAAAAUGAAAAAAAAGGCUGAAUUUAGGCAUGCCUGUUUUCACAAUAGGGGGAAAUGUUAUUUGAAUUUCCUACUUAUCCUGAAACAUUGGGGAAAUGUGUGGGGCCGACAGUGAACAGCAAAGGCCGUAGCAUUAAUCUGGGGGAGUGAGUUGAACUUCAGGGGUGGGAGUUAUUUUUUUAUUUUUUAUUUUUUGCGUUCUCUUGAGAAAAUUUAUUGUGAAAAAAAAGAGCUCAAAUGAUUUGAAGUUGUUGUGCAAUACUUAAUUGAGACAUGAAAACCACAGGUUAGUGGUAGGCUGACACUGGGCGGUCUCUCCAUCGCCUAGAGUCAGUGUCCUCUAGAGAGCUUUCCAGUCUACUAUGUCAGAACUGUGGUUUCUUGUUGAUUUUUUUUCUUUUUGUUUCUUUUUUUUAUUCUUUUUUGGGCUGUAAACUAUGGUCUGUCAGUCUGUGAAACUUUGCAGUAUAAUUCUGGUAUUGUUGUUCUCUUAACGGUGUAAUAAAUAUGUUAAU